CCCUUAAUAAAUCUCUUCUUCUUCUUCUCUCUGUUUAGUUGAUUCCCACUGAAACUCUGACUAAUUCCCGUUCUGGCCUUAUGAUAUCGAGUGGGUUUUAUCCCCAAAGUACUUCAAUUUUCCACUUCCUAUAACGCUGACGAUGAUCUAUAUGGGGUUCUCUGGAUUCGUGGCCUUUCUUCUUAUUCGCGUGUUCAAGGUUGUAGCUCCGGUUAAAAUGAUAUUUCAAAUAUACGCAACAUGUGUGGUACCUAUAAGCGCAUUAUUUGCAUCAAGCAUGUGUCAUACUUGGCCCAAACUGCCUCUUCUCUAUCUUAUAUUCUCCUUUGUGCAGGUUUGGAAAAACUGCAUACUUGCACAUUUCUGUUGCCUUCAUUCAGAUGCUCAAGCUCUAAUGCCAGUAGCAACAUUUAUCAUGGCGGUUAUUUGCGGCACUGACAAACCAAGGUGCGACGUGUUCUCCAACAUGUUGCUGGUCAGUGUUGGAGUUGUGAUAUCUUCUUACGGAGAAAUCCAUUUCAAUAUAGCUGGCACGGUCUAUCAGGUACUCACUCGUGAAUACUCAAACAACUAUAUGUGCACUUAUGUUUUUCUGGCUUUUCCUUGGUAUGUUUUGGAGAAACCCAUGAUGGAAGUUGCACAGAUCCAAUUAAACUUCUGGAUCUUCUUUUCAAAUGCUCUGUGUGCUCUUGCCUUGAACUUCGCCAUAUUCUUAGUGAUAGGGAGAACAGGGGCAGUAACUAUCCGGGUAGCUGGUGUUCUCAAAGACUGUCUGAACAUCAUUGGAUACGCAAUUGCGCUAGGUGGUGUUGUCAUGUACAAUUACAUAAAGGUAAAGGACGUGAAGGCGUCUCAAUUAACUGCCGACCGUCUCCCAGAUCGAAUCAAUAAGGAGUUGAAGAUGGAGAACAAGUCUUCAGAUAAGUUCAAUCCUGAUGUCGGUGGAGAGAUCCCAAGAGUAGAAGCCGAGAUAAACGAGGAAGCCCUUUGGAUGCAGCUCGGAAAUCACGCCGCUUAAGAUGCUAGUAGAAACCGUAUAAUAGAGGUUUUGCUUCCUAGUUCGUUCACACACUUUUUUUUGUUGCGUAAAAAAAGAAAAAGGUGCAUCAUCAUCAUCCCAGAUUAUUACCGAUGACUAGCUUAAAAACAGUAGUCACAAAUUCGUUGUAGUGAAUUGACGUUAGUGUUAUAUUUGUACAUACAUAUUUGGUCUUUAUCCUUUCA